UCCAAUAUGGCCGCCAGUUGGUGUAAAUUUCGUCACGUCCGGUUUUUUGCUCAGAGGAACAACCGAUAUGAACCCCUCGCUUCCGGUAAUGCCUCCUUUUCGGCAGCGGCUAUUUCCUCGCCAACAUGCCACUCGCAAAAGACUUGUUGCACCCAUCCCCUGAGGAGGAGAAGAGGAGGCACAAGAAGAAGCGUCUAGUACAGAGUCCCAACUCUUACUUUAUGGAUGUGAAGUGUCCAGGAUGCUACAAGAUCACGACAGUGUUCAGCCACGCUCAGACAGUCGUGCUGUGUGUCGGCUGUUCAACAGUCCUGUGUCAGCCCACUGGAGGCAAAGCACGUCUCACAGAGGGAUGCUCAUUCAGGAGGAAGCAGCACUAGCGGCCCUCCCUGGAGCUGAAAAGGAGAGGAGGGGAUGGACCGGUUGAUAUCAGCGUCUUCUGCCUCUGGGAUGCUGGUCUGAACAAAGAUGAAAACUUGAAGGUGGACCAGACAGCGGAUGGAUUUCCACUGUUGAUGUCGGCAGAUUGGUUGUUGCUGUAACUCCGCCCUCCAACCCUAUCUCUCUUAAUAAAUAAUGUUUUGGCUAAAUAGGCA